UUUCUCGCCGACCGCCGCGCCGCGAGGACGCCUUGUGAUGAGCAGCUCGUUUUGACGCGAUAUGGCCUCGUCCACGAACGGCAACAUCGUCGUCGAGUGGUUGCGUUCGCUCCACCUGGCCCAAUAUUCGGAGAGCUUCAUAGACAACGGCUACGAUGACUUAGAAAUAUGUAAACAGGUCGGAGAGCCCGACUUGGACGCUAUCGGCGUCUUGAACCCCGCACACCGUCAGAGGCUGCUGCACUCCGUGCGAUCGCUGAGAGAGGAGGGUGCAGCGGCCGUGUACUUCACGUUGGAGGAAGCGGCCGCCGCUUCCUGUCGGUGCGAGGAGGAAGUGCGGAAGGAGCAGGCGACUGCGACAGUCGAACCGGCGAAAUAUGCCGACGAGUACGAGGAGGGGAAGGCCGAGCUGGUGAAGAUUCCACGGAUACAGUUGAAGAGGUUGCUACGGGAACGCCUAGCACAGGAUGGCAUCCGUCUCAGUCUCCAGCCCUACUCGACAACGGACGGUGACCGCGGAUAUUUGGAGGGGCUCGCGUCACGGUACGCCGAUCUGUUCUCGACCCACUAUGGCGACGUGCUGGAUCACCUGGAAGAGCUAAGGCGGCACGAGUGGGAGGAGAUGUCCCCCCGGAUGCGGGUGCUGGGGGGUCCGGGCACGCCGCAGACCCCCCCGUCCGCGAGCCCGGGUUCCCUCGCCCUCAACAACCUGACCACGUCACACUCGCAACCUAUAUACGUGCCUGGAAAAUACUCGCCCUCAAGUUGUCUCACCGACAAGGAGGAGGACGAGAUUUACGGUUUCGGAUACGGCGUCUUCGGGAAACAGAUGUUGCAUCGUCAGCAACAACAGAAACAAUUGUUGCUGGCCCAGCCCAACCAGCCGCUCAUACAUAACCAGCAACAUAACUAUCAGAGCUGCCUAAGCCCCAGAUCGGCGUAUUUCUAUGAAUUCCCUCCUAGUGAUAACUGCCUCGGCACUGCCAAGAAGAAAGUGACCACGUUUUCAAGACUGCUACGCGGACUAAAGUCGCAUAGGAAAGAGAAACAUGGGUCUUGUUCGCCUAAACACUCUCACAGCCCGAGACAGAUCCUACCACCUCAAAGGGUGGAUACUCCGGACAGCGUACUCCAAAGUGGUUUAGGCCUAGGCCCGGGGCCAGAUACGGCUCUGAGGUCCAUGGUUGACCCGCGAGACUAUGACCGCCUCCGCUUCUUUCAAAUGAGUGCCGCCCAACCAAACACCUUCGAAGAGACGAUACAUAGGUUAAAAGUUCAAGAAGCGAUGAAAAAGAAGGACAAAAUAGCGCGAGAGCAAGAGGAGAUUCUAAGGGAUUUACGACAUGGAGUCAUGAAUAUGGGCAGAGACGGUGUCCGGGGACCAUUUAUCGACGACACGUACAUGUACGACGACGACGCGAGAGGCCUGUCCGGGCGAGGACAUUGGUACGAUGAACCUCCGUACGAGAGCGACCCCGAAGACUUCCUAAUGGGUGGAGGGACACCGGCGGCGUCGUUUCAGAAUGGCCGAGUUUGCUUUACCCUAAAUCUAAGAAACGAGACUAGAGGUGAAGGCGUUAUAUCAUUACGAAGCGCCGGCGACAUAAGCCUAGCGAGGGCCCCUCGGAGAGGAUUAAUAAUUCCACAAAGCGGGCCGUACCCCACUACUGUGAUACCCUUACGAACGCCGAGAGAUAGGGAAAGCGGAGAUUACGCCGCAUCUGACAUUCAAUCGAUAGGAUCGAGGUUAUCGGGCAUAUCGUUAGAAUCCAGCCGAUCCGAACGGGAUUCCAGAAGAGGCUAUCGACAAAUGUCGGGUUAUCGGAUAGGAAUAGAUCCUUUAUCGCCGGCGUCUUCGGAUUACGAAGAUCAAGAGAGCGAAACAGACUCGCAGCAUAUAGCCACAGUGCAUAAGUCCGCGGAAGAAUGUGAGGGCGUUUCGAAUUUAGCCGGAAAAGUGAGGGGUUUAAGACAAGAUGUACAAAGGAAAAUUUCAAGAUUAAGACAAGAAAGGGGUCCCGACGGUAUCGACCGACGUACGAGCGGCGACCAAGCGUUUCCGUGUUCCAAUAGUUCUUUUGAAAGUCUUCCCAGCGGCUCAGGCAGUAGCACCCAAGCAUUGGUACGCGCUGGUAGUAAUCACUCAUCUCUCUCGGCAGAAGAAAACAUAGAAUUAAGUCCGGCCGGGCGGAGCUUACUGGUACCGCAAAUGCUGUGUCGGGCGCGGGCACUCAUCGAUUACACGCCUAAUAUUUACGAGAAAGACGCCUUGAGAUACAAGAAAGGAGACAUCAUCGAAGUUAUCAACAUGAAUGCAUCCGGGAUCUGGCGCGGCGUUCUAAAUAAUAAAGUAGGAAAUUUCAAAUUCGCGAAUGUCGAAGUUUUGUCCGAGAGGGACACUAUGAGAUCUAGAACGUCUAAAUGGUGCAAGAGUCGAGAGAGGCUCUGGGAAACGAGACCGAGGACCGUAGAGGAGUUGUUGAGGAGAAUAGAUCUGCCGGAAUACAUGGUCGCUUUCUCGAGAAACGGCUACGAGGACAUAGAGUUGUUCAAAGAAAUUGAGCCGUCAGAUCUAGACUACUUGGGAAUCAUGACCCCCGAUCAUCGCACCCGGAUAUUGGCCGCUGUACAACUGCUGCACCAGCUCGAAUGUGGCGAAGGAGAAGGAGAAGGCGGGGGCUCCAGCUCGGAGGGCGGUGACUCCCCGUUCGGUCGCCGGCAGUUCCCCCGCGACUCCGGGUGCUAUGAGGCCAGCGUGGGCGUCGGCGGGAUCAAGGUGCGGACCUCCCCGCUCGUCCACCGAACUGACGAGCCGUCCCACCGACCGCCGGACCCGGCGCCCACCGCGAAACGCUCCAUCCGUCGACGGCAGCCCGACGACGCAGAAUGCGACAGAAUCGAGAGAUACCCCGGCACGGUGGUCGAGAAGAGCGUGAUCAGGGGGGGAGGUCUGCCGGGCGGCGCUCGCGAUGACACCUGCGAGUCGGAUCACAAGCUGAAUGUGGUGAAGUUCGUGGCGGGCGGAGAGCCGUGCGCCUCCGAGAAGAGCAGCGACUCGGGGGUGAGCAGUUCCUCGUUGAGCUCGGCGCACCCGCAUCGUCCCUGAGCUAGGCCCUCCGCGCCCGCGCUCGCAUAGACGCUGGCGCGGGCGCGCGCGCACUCUGCGCACACGCCCGCUCACCUCAUUGACUCUGAAUCUUCUGAAACUCCCGAUCUUUAGAAACUAUCAAAUACUUUCGUCUACUUAAUAAACCUCUAUAGUACCUCCAUGCUCAAUCGAAGAAAUAAAUUCUUUUUUAUAUCUAAGUUUAUAUAGCGUUUAAAUAUUUUAAACGCAUAGUAACUGCAUUACUCGAAAUAUUUGACAUUAUACAUCAUGUGUACAGUAAAAUUUUAAUAGCUCCAUAAAAUUGUUUAGAAACGUAAUUUUCAAAAUUUUUGUCUGGAUCUAUCACUUUGUCAGUUCAUAAACGAAAAGCGCAGAUAUAAGCUACUUAACUAUCUGAAUAGAAUUUUUUAACAAUGGUUAAUUAGGCCUAUAGCUUCUUUUGAUUGUAAUAGUAUGGAGUUGACAUUGCACAGAAGAUACAAAAAAUACUUUUCAUUGUCAUAUCUGUCACGGCUUGUAAUAGAUUCAAGGAUUAUAUCGGUCUAAUAGUAAAAUGUUAUAAAAAUAUAAUAUUGCGUUAGUUUUUAUUAUUCGUAGUAUUGCGUAGUUCCUUUCAAUGUUAUUAUUUGUUCUUUGUGUCAUGGGUUCAUGAUUGAUCGUAACAUUUUCCAAUUUGUUAAUGAUUUUGGUUCUACUUCGAAUAAUUUAACAGAGACGUAUCAUAACAGUGUUCGUUACAUAAUCGCUUAAUUAAGUAAUUUCUGAAAAGUUUUACAGAUCGUAAUCAAGACUGAAUUAAAGUAAUCAUUUCACAACUGACCCGACUGGUGCUUAUAAGGCUUUUACGUAAAUUAAAUUUCGAUGAAUUUAUUGUUUAUCCCUUUGCAAUUGCUUAUGUUCUACUGUAUUCAAUCGAAAAUUGUUCAAUCGAUCUGUUCUUUAGACUUAGGAGUUUGAACAGUUUUUGGACAAUAUCUACCUAGUGCAAAGAUUCUAGAUUGUUCUUAUACUAGAUGUAUUGCAGUGUUACUUAAAUUUAGCUUUGUAUCAUUCCGUUCUUUUCUAGCAUAUCACGGUAAAUGACGAUGAAUACUUUAGUUGCUUUGAUAAUUUAUACUCUGUUCAAGAUUCUUAUUAAUUUAUACAAUACUUUAAUAUAGAUUGCCGGAGAAUCUGCAAUUUGAAAUAGAAUAAUACGGUAUUAAAUAUAUAUUUGCUUGAAAUAUAAUAUCGAACAGAGUAUAAAUAAACUUAGUUAUAUAAAAUGUUAUUUUAGGGCAAUAAACCAGUAACGUCUGGUGCGUUUAACGCGCGUUUUCGAUAGCAAUAAUUGUAUAUAAUUUAAUAGAUAGGCUAAUUAUUGUAUGUUAAAUUAAAUUUGUAAUUUUUAAGAGAGCUUUAUACGGUAUGCCGUAUGUAAAUAGGUGUGAGAUUAAAAAUUUCACCUAGAUCUUCCUUAAAAUUAGGAUUGCAAUUUUAGCCUCACUCGGUGUACGUCUAUUCCGGUUCUUAUACGGUCUAAUUCAAUAAUAACAAACGAUGUUCUUUCAACAUCCAGUUUCUACCUAUAACCGAUUAUGUUGAACCACAGUAAUAAGUUAAAAAAACCCAUUGUCCUUUUUUUGCGACGACACAACGUUCUUGCGGGCUUUAAAGCAAUAAAACAGAUUUUAGACGCAAUUUCACUUCAACAUUGUACGUGAUGUCGUGUCACGUACGUCGUGUAGGUGGUCCCGGAAUGUCUUCACUUCAUUGUACCACCUCUACAAUACGGGUUGCCAAAAAGUUGCAAUUGCUGUAUUGCUGGCUAAGAGUCUGCCUGCACUGCGAAUUUUUUCUCGCAAUG